AUGCAUGGGCUACCCUUGGUCGGGCGUAGUCUCGCCCUGUUUACCAUCGCCAUUGUUAUGCUGUGUCUCACUAUCAUUGCGGUUUCGUUGAGAUGCUUUGCUCGCUGGUAUCUUGUUCGUGCGUUCGGGUGGGAUGAUACACUUAUGGUCGCAGCGCUGGCUAUUUUCAUAUCUCUAUCUGUCGCCUUUAUCAAUGGCACAAUGGAUGGCGUCGGCCAUCAGGUAGUAGAUUUCGGAACUAAUAUCGCUCUUUACUCGACCGCACUUCGAUGGUGGUGGCUCGCCCAAAUCCUCUAUAUCUGGUCAUCAGCUGUGACCAAAAUCUCCAUUGCUCUCGCACUCCUCCGAUUAACAGUGAAAAAACUGCAUAUGAUCAUUCUUUACUGUCUCAUCGGGCUAACAAUCGCCAACGCUCUUUUAUUCUUUUUCGUUCUUGUCCUGGACUGUCGUCCGAUUUCUUAUUUCUGGAGACGAGUCGAUCCUACCGCGGAGGGAUCCUGCUUGUCCACUACUGUCCUGCUGGAUAUCGCAUACCUGUAUAGUUCGCUUACGAUCUUGGUUGAUUUCUCAUUGGGAACCUUACCGAUCGCGGUGGUUUGGAAUCUACAAAUGAAUCGAUGGACAAAGGUUGCUGUUGGAGGAAUUUUGAGUCUGGGUGCUGUUGCGAGUGUGGCUGUCGUUGUCCGUCUUCCAUUUUUGCAUUACUAUAGUGAUCCGGACUUUCUCUACUCAACUUACCAAAUCGCUAUUUGGUCUCUUCUCGAAACGGGUCUUGGUAUUAUCGCUGGCAGUCUCGUUACCCUCCGUCCUUUGUUCCGCUGGUUCGCCGAUACAAGUGUUUAUAACAAAAACAAGCGGUAUGAGAGAAGCACGACUGUACAAUAUCCGUUGGCCAAUUUGAAAGGCAAGGGAACAAAGAGUGACCCUAGAUACUGGCGGCCGGAUAUCGACGACACCAAGACUACUUUGGUUACGAGUGUGUCGUCACCGAGCGGGCAAGGAUUUCCCCCUUCGAACAGCAGUGAAGAGCGUUUGUAUUCGGGAGCUGGUGGAGUUAGCCAUCCCUACCAUGUUAGCGUCCAUGAGACCAUCACAGUUACGGAGGCAACCCAUGCCAGCUCCUCUUCAAUUGGCUAA